UUGAACAGUUAAUACUCAUGUUAUCAAGACGACGAAGAAGAAACACUCCUCGAGCACAGCUGUGACUCCUCCCUUUAGUAACCGCACUGAGAAAAAUGGCGGCGUCUGUGUGCCGAGUCGGGAGCACUGUGGGUCGAGCCCUCGCUAAAAACCGCAGUCCCAUCCUGCUGUCUCUGAGGCGUGGACAGGCCUCAGUCAGCUAUGCCCAGAGUCUGGUGGGAGCCCCUGAAACUCGCCUCACUGCCCUGGACAAUGGUUUGAGGGUUGCAUCAGAGGAGACUGGACAUGCCACAUGCACUGUUGGACUGUGGAUCAGUACUGGCAGCCGCUAUGAGAGUGAGAAGAACAAUGGAGCGGGCUUCUUCCUGGAGCACUUGGCUUUCAAGGGAACCAAGAAACACCCUCAGACAGCGCUGGAGCAGCAGGUGGAGUCCAUGGGUGCUCACCUGAGUGCCUACACCUCCAGGGAACACACUGCGUACUACAUGAAGACGCUGUCCAAAGACUUGCCCAAAGCCGUGGAGUUGCUGUCCGAGGUGGUGCAGAACUGCUCGCUGAGUGAGGCAGAGAUUGAGCAGCAGAGGGGUGUCGUACUGCGGGAGCUCGAGGAAGUUGGGGGUAACCUCCAGGAAGUUUGCCUGGACCUGCUGCAUGCUACCGCCUUCCAGGGCACACCUCUAGGACACAGCGUGCUGGGACCAUCCAGCAAUGCCAGGACUUUGACCCGUCAGGACCUGGUGGAUUACAUCAACAGCCAUUACAAAGCCCCUCGCAUGGUGCUGGCUGCUGCUGGAGGUGUGAACCAUGAAGAGUUGGUUGAUUUGGCCAAAACUCACUUUAGCGGAGUGUCUUUUGAGUAUGAGGGAGAUGCCGUCCCCGUCCUGUCACCCUGCAGAUUUACCGGCAGUGAGAUCCGUAUGCGUGAUGAUGGUUUGCCUCUGGCACAUGUUGCCAUCGCUGUGGAGGGGGCCAGUGCUGCCAGCCCAGACAUCGUGCCACUCAUGGUGGCCAACUCCAUCAUCGGUAGCUUUGACCUCACAUAUGGAGGUGGAAAGAAUCUGAGCAGCCGUCUGGCUCGCCUGGCAGUGGAGGAGAAACUGUGUCACAGCUUCCAGGCCUUCCACUCCUCCUACAGCGACACCGGCUUGCUGGGAAUUCACUUUGUGGCUGAUAAGCACUACAUUGAAGACAUGAUGCACUGGUCCCAGAAUGCCUGGAUGAACCUGUGCACCACAGCGACAGAGAGUGAUGUAGCCAGAGGCAAGCAAGCUCUGAGGGCCAGUCUGGUUGGACAGCUCAAUGGAACAACACCAAUCUGUGAUGACAUCGGCAGACACAUCCUGAACUACGGGCGGCGUAUUCCUCUGGCUGAGUGGGACGCUCGUAUCGAUGCUGUGACCCCCAGGGUUCUACGUGACAUCUGCUCCAAAUAUAUCUAUGACAAGUGUCCUGCUGUGGUCGCUGUUGGCCCCUGCGAGCAGCUACCUGACUACAACAGAGUGCGCAGUGCCAUGUACUGGCUGAGGUUUUAAGAUAAGUUGUUGUGUUGCUUCGAGUGUCCCAUGUUUGCUCCUCUUCUUCGUCCUCAGCCUCACUGUCUUCACUGCCAGAGUGAACACCAGAGGACCAUCUACACGUUGGCUUGACGGCACAUGCAGCCAUCCGUCCUCUCUCUUCUCCUCGCCUCCCUCUCUUAUCCUGCCCAUUGGUCACUUUUAGUUAGCUGUGAGGGGGGCAGCAUGUCUGCACAUUGUUAGUGUUGAAGUUAUGCAUUGGUUACCUCUUGAUUGUACUACAAAGGUCCACCUGGUACUGUUUGAGAGCGGAGAGGAGAGAGGGCGGACUUGGAAAAAUAAUCAUCGACUUGACACACAUCGCCGAUAAUGAAUACAACCAGUAAGGAGCAAGAGUAUAUUUAUAAAUUCUGUAAGACUUGUUUCUGUCCUCUAUUGUACAUAACAGAAGCUCUCAUUCCGACAGAAUAAAAAUACUGUAAAACAUUA